CGAGGAACGGGUGAGGGACUUUCCAUGUGACUUUGGAUGGGGGGUGGUGGGUAUGCGUGGAUCGGUCGGGGGAAAAAAAACAUUGCUCAAGGACAGUGGAAUUUGCCCAGGAAUACAUCAACUCAGUAAUGGAUCAUGUGAUGUGGUGAUUGUGGCCUUGUGUAGCCGGUGGCCCUUGUUUACGCUCCGACCGGUCCACAAUUCACGAGGCAAGUAUUAAAGGCAGGGUUCCUUCAAACCAGCUUCGCAUCUUACUUGCACGUCAUGAAGCCUAUUACCACAUUUCCAUUUACUUACCUCCCAGUUGAGCUUGUCCUCAUCAUCCUCAGAUAUUACGUGGAACCCACCUUUGAUCAGACUGCUCCAUAUGACUCUAAAAGUCCAUAUUCUAAUGCACGCGCCCUCUGUCAUUUCUCCAGAGCUGUCAGGCGGGCGGUACUUCCAGAACUCCUCCAUACCGUACUGCUUGAGGACUAUGUCACAGUGAAAGUGUUCGUGCAUGCUCUACAUAUGCAAAAAAUGUACGCGGAGAAAGCAAACCACCUCCGUUUCGACUACAUUCCCCAUGUGCACAAGAUCUGGAUCGGAUCCCAGUGCCACAACCCAUGGGCCUUUAACUUGAUUGAGCGUCCGCUUUCCAUCAGCCUCCUCUCUCCGGUGCUACUCGCUGCACCAUCCAUUGCCCUUGACUGGACAAGUAUGGGCCUUCUUGAAGGAUGUCUGGAACAUGCAUGGAAGUCCCGUGCAGCCACACAUGCCAACAACGAACAUUUCCCACUUCCCUGGAACACCAAAACCCUGAUCCUGUCGCGUGAGACCCCCAUCAGCGGCGCACGGUGGGGGUGCCUCACGGACACUCCCCAGGGAUCUGCAUUCCUUGGGUCAAUCUCUCACCUCUCAACCACCACAUCCCUCCUCUGGUCGAACGCACCAUCCUACUGCAUGGUGCCGUGGAUGGAGGUCACUCCAUGGGCUUCUUUCAAAAACCUUCAAAUUGUCUCACUGCCGUACUUGAUUGCUAUCAAAGCCGGCGCUCGCAUCAAGCUGCGGAACACACAUGAAAUCAACGUGCACGUCGAUCUGUUGACAUUGCCUGCAUCCCUGCUAAGGGACCGCCGCGACAUUCCCGAGUUUAUGAAGAAAAUAAAGGCGUUGGAUCAGAGAAGUUUCGGAGAGGAGAUUAUUCGAUCAGAUGGUGUUCAUUUAAAGGUGCUCCCUUUUGGCGUUGUGCUCCCUUCUGGCAUCUGCUGGCUUGGUCAUGAUUGGCGGCAGAAAGUUUGGGCAAGCAUGUUGUAAAGUGGACU